GAGCGGGAGCAGGAAGGGGAGCAGCGAGAGGAGGCGCCGCGUGCGUCCAGCGCUCUCUGGAUCUGCAGCCCCUUCGCGCCGGGAGCAUCGCUGCCCCCGCAUGCCGCAGGACUUCUCAUUCCCAAGCCUUGGCCGAAUGGAGGAGGAGGAGGCAGUGAGAAAGAUGUCCCGGGACACCCAGGCAGGCACUGAGCUGCAGAUGGAGACCAGGGAGGACAAAUCCCCAUGGCAGAACCUCGUGGAAGAGGCUGCUUUGAGUGGCUCAAUGGCACAGGAAUCACACGGGGAGGAAAAGCCAAAGGGAUCCCCCACAAGGAGGGGCUCCAAAGCCAGCCCAGGGUGCUCUGAGGAGAAAAGGCCCCCCCUCUGCUUCAUCCAGAGGUCCAACCUGGUGGUCCAUGAGCAGCUGCACACUGGGGAGAAGCCCUACAAGUGCUUGGAAUGUGGGAAGAGCUUCAGCCACACUUCCCGCCUCUUCAUCCACCCCCAGAUACACACAGGGGGAUGGCCCUACAAGUGCUUGGAAGGUGGGAAGAGCUUCAGCCACAGCUCCAGCCUGACCUGCCACCAGGAGAUGCACGCCAGGGGAGGGCCCUUUGAGUGUCCUGAGUGUGGGAAGAUGUUUCAGUGGAUCUCCUAUCUCAUUGUACAUCAGCAAACACACACAGGGGAGAGGCCCUUCCGCUGCACAGACUGCGGGAAGAGCUUCAAGUGGAGCUCCCAACUCACCAGCCACCAGCGCAUCCACACCAGGGAGAGGCCUUAG